GAAACAGGGAAAAUAUUCAUUAUCAUCGUGCAAUCAGGCAGCAAAGUUCGGUCUAAAGUUCAUUGUCAUGAACAUCAAGAGACCGAAUAACAGAGCAGAGACUGAAGACAAGGGGUACAAGAGGACAUCUGAGGACUGUACGUGUGUUUAAUCAAAGCGGACAAGCCAGAACUGGAAUAGCAAAGAAAAAUAGAAGGCAAAACAUUUCCAUCCAACUGAGCCUGCUGGAGCACACAGGGCUGAGAAGAUGGACAUCCUUGAUACAGAUGCCUUUGACAGGCGGCAGAGGAGAAAAACGUUGUGACAGGUAUCUUCCUUUCUUUCUUAUCUAUUUGUCCCAUUCCACCAGUCCUGCGCCAUCUUUUUCUCUAUGCUGCCUUUCUUCUUGUCUUCAGCCCUUUAUUUCUACCUGUGGACCCCUGAUUCCCCCCCGUCACUCGUGUCUGCAGGUGUCAAAGCAGCACCGGCCGUUCUCCUGGCUGCAGCGGUGCUGAGCUGGAACGGAGGUCAGAGUGUCCUGGGUGUGGCAGGGGGACUAAUCUUCUCCGCUGUUGGUGACUGCUGCUUGGUAUGGCCUGAGCUUUUCCUUCACGGAAUGGGGGCGUUUGCUGUGGCUCACCUGUUCUACUCGCUCACCUUCCUGUCCCGUCGUUAUGCAACAUACUCCUCUCCAUCCUCCUUGAAUCGUUUCUUAUAUCUGAUUCUGUUUUUGGUGGGAGGAGGUGUCUACAUCUAUCUGUAUCCAUUCCUGCGGAAAGCGCCGGACUCUAAUCUACUGACUCCAGGUGUGGGGGUCUACAUCGUCCUAAUCGUCGCCAUGGCUGGAUUAGCGAUCAGAACCCGCCACACAGCAACACUCUUGGGAAGUUUGACUUUCAUGGUUUCGGACGCUACCCUGGCUCUUCAAGUUUUCAAGGCGGUGCCGCCAAUGCAGAAUGGUCAGAUUGUUGUUAUGGUUACGUACUAUCUGGCACAGCUACUGAUUGCUAUGGGUGACAUAAAGGCAGUUGAGACCACAGACUUCAAUUCGAAAUGGAAGAAGCCCUAAUCGGUAUCACUUUCAUCUUCCCUGACCUUAUUGAUUUGUUGACCAUAUUCUUAGAAACUCAGUUGUAAUGAUCAGCACUCAACAAUUAUACACAUUUAUCCUUAAAGAUCCCAUAUCAUGGUUAUGAGUUCUAACAAAACUGAAAAAUGCUCACUGAAUAUCAGCUCUGAAUAUUUAUUUUCUGUAAUUUAAUGUGAAAUAUUUUGAGUGUCAACCAUGUACAUAUGAAAGCAUAAUGUGAACUGACUGUUGAAUGUCUGUUUAUUGCUAAAAGUCAAUAAAUCUGAUAACUUCAA